AAAAUCUAAAAAGCAAUAGAAGAGGUAAAAAAUGUAGAUGCCAACAAGCCACUGAAAAAUACACUAAAAACUUCCGUCCCCACUCACUGAUAUUUCAUUUCAAUUUGCUUCUCUGCAUUUCUCGCUAUGGCCGCCACACUAACUCCAAUUCAUACCUUCAAAUUCUCCCAUUCUCACUCUCUUUCUCCAUUUUCACUUCAACUAAAUUCAACCACUCUCUUCUUCCCAACAACAUCCACUCCCCGCCGCAACAAACUCACCCUCUCCGCCGCAACUUCUGCUGACACAACCGUUUCCUCCAACGGUCCCGUCACUUCCCCUUCUCGAUCAAAGGUUCGGAGACAUACUAUUUCGGUGUUCGUUGGCGAUGAGAGUGGAAUGAUUAAUCGGAUUGCUGGAGUGUUCGCGAGAAGAGGAUACAACAUUGAGUCACUAGCUGUUGGUCUUAAUCAAGAUAGGGCUCUUUUCUCAAUUGUUGUUUCUGGAACCAAUAGGGUUUUACAACAAGUUGUUGAGCAGCUUCAGAAGCUUGUCAAUGUUUUGAAGGUAGAAGAUCUUUCAAAUGAACCACAGGUAGAACGUGAAUUGAUGCUCUUAAAGGUGCAUGCAGAUCCCCAAAACCGUGCUGAGAUUAAGUGGUUGGUGGACACCUUCAGAGGCAAGAUUGUGGACAUCUCAGAAAAUUCCGUGACAAUUGAGAUUUUGUCUGUCUUUGAUAGAGACCCAAGUGAGGCUGAUAAUGAAAAAGGGAUUUGGUCAUCAGUAAAUUCCGAUCUAGUCUCUGACCUUCUCUUUUCUUUUGACAUGUUUGCUUGUGUGAAGGGGGAUGUUUAUCCUAUAGAGCCUUCAGACAGUUUUACAGUCAAUCAAGUACUCGAUGCUCACUGGGGUGUUCUCAACGAGGAGGAUACAAGCGGAAUUCGAUCACACACUUUAUCCAUGCUCGUGAACGAUGCUCCCGGAGUUCUGAACUGUGUCACAGGGGUCUUUGCUAGAAGGGGCUAUAACAUUCAGAGUUUAGCUGUAGGACAUUCAGAAGUUGAAGGAGUUUCUCGGCUUACAACUGUGGUUCCUGGUACAGAUGAGUCAAUCAGCAAGUUGGUGCAGCAGCUCUAUAAGUUAGUGGAGCUGCAUGAGGUCCGUGAUAUAACCCACGUGCCAUUUGCUGAGAGAGAAUUGAUGCUAAUAAAGAUUGCUGUAAAUGCUGCUGCACGACGUGAUGUCCUUGAUAUUGCCAGCAUUUUCAGGGCUAGAGCUGUUGACGUGUCCGAUCAUACAAUAACCCUUGAGCUUACUGGAGAUCUGGACAAGAUGGUUGCAUUGCAGAGAUUGUUAGAACCCUAUGGCAUUUGUGAGGUGGCACGAACCGGACGCAUAGCACUGGUCCGCGAUUCAGGCGUGGACUCCAGGUAUCUGCGUGGAUACUCUUUUCCUUUAUAAUCUCUUCGUUCGGGCAAAGGAAGGCACACUUUUUGGGGUUGUACAACUUUCAUUAUACUGUACUUGCUAGUUUUUUUGCCUUACAAAUUAGAAUGCGUUUUAAUGUUUGGCAAAUGAUCAGUAUCUACCCCAGGCCACUGUAGCAUCAUAGACUCUAAUACAAAUCUAGGCUUCGAAACUGACAUCAGACUUUUUUUUUUUUAAAUUUUCAAAAUCAACAAUUUCCUUUC